AAUGGAUAGCUGACAACUUCCCGGGCGCGUCGCGUGUCCGCGAUGCCAUGAUGGGCUGUGCGUGGCCUGAUGGGAUCAGCGUGGAGACGCUACAUCAAGAAGCGGACAGCAUUCGCCAGUGGCUGGCGGACAGCCAAGAAGCGAAGCGGCCAACAGAUGUGGCAGGCACCUUGGCGAAGCUGGAAGGGCAGAUCGCGCAGCUGCGUCGCCAGCUGGCGUGCGAGGUCGGCCAGCCGCAGUCGCAGCGCCAGCCCACACGAGAAGAGCUCCAGGCGCAGCAGGACAUCCUGCGGAUGCUGCAGGACACUGCGGCGUCACUGGAGGACGGCGAUCUGCCAGAGAAGGCCCAGUUGAGCGACCUCACCCAGUUGCAGCUGCACCUCUCCGAGCUCCGAACGCGGUACCUGGAGAUGCUUGAGCGCUGUGAGGGCUUCAGACAGGAACUGGGCGAGGCACAGGCGGAGAAGGAGGCUCAGCGGCGGGCGGCGGAGGAGCGACGCAGCAGCUGGCGCCGGCUGGUGGCGGAGCACCAAACGCUGGUGGACCAAGGCGAAGCCGAGAUCAAGCGGCUUCAACAAGAGGCGCAGCAGGCGGCGGCUCGACGUCAGCGGGCGCAACAAGAGGAGCAAAGGUUGGAACAGGCCACCAGGCAGGACCGUGUCACUUUGGAGCAGCUGAGACUCAGCGUGCGGCGAAAGGACGCGAGGAGUGCCUGGCCUGAUGGCUAAUGGACGAGCCAAGGGCUUCCGGCUUCCGCUCCAGAAGGUUCCGGUGGCAUUUCAUGCCGGCAACUAGCCUUAAGUGUU